AUGAUAAUGAAAGCAAUUAAGGAAAUUAGUCUAUGUUUUUUAUUAAUAAGUGUAAUUCAGUGCAAUUUGAUAAAAAUUUACGACUCUUCAACAUCCAGCAGACCAACUAUUUACUUCCAUGCUCGUAAGCUGCUAGAGUUGUGUUUUUCAAAUGAAUUUAAUCCCGUUGCAAUUUCUGUGGAUUUGCUCGACGUAAUGGAUGAAAUGCAGAGGAAUGAAGCCAUAAACUCCUCCAUCCUGGUAAUUGAUCAAUAUUUCAGCUCAAAAGUCAUGGAAAAAUACUACACACGCCACCCGAGUUAUCUGAUAACAGCAGACUCGAUGAAAAUCCUGCGGAAAACACUUCAAGAAAUAAAAUCAUCAAGAAUUUGGAACGUGGCGUCGGUGAUUAUAGUGAUUGGAGAAGACUGCGACCGAGCAGCGGAAAUUCUUCAGGCAGUCUGGAAAAUUGAGGCUUUUAAUUCUUUUUACGUUUGUCCGAACAAGUCUUCAAGUGAGAGCUUCGUCUUUAUCUUUAACCCUUAUGCUCAUCGUGCUCCGGAACAGUGGACACGCGUCGAAGUAGCUGAGCAAGUAAAUGAUAGCUGGACACUCUAUAGACAGCCAUUUCGAGAUGACCCAAGUAUCUGUCCCAGCGUUGUAUUCGACAAGACCCGUUCGUUGGACGGAUAUUCUCUAAACGGUUUUAAUAUUGGCAAAGAAGAUCGAGUCUUCAAAGAAAAAAAAGUUCCACCAGAAGUAUUUUCCAAGGUAUCACCCAGUGAACGAUAUAUUUUUACUGAGUUGUUCACUGCAUUAAAUGUUACACCGGUCAUUUAUACGAAAAACAUAGCUACAGCUAAUUUUAUCGAACUGUUUAAAUUAUUAGCCAAUGGUACGUACGAUAUGUCGUUACAAUAUACACGAAAUGUAAAUGGCGCGCUUUUUGAUGUAAUUCCUCUAUAUGUUCAAAGAGGUUUUUUAAUACUUACGAAAAAACGAAGUACUAUUCCGGUUUUCAAUGCAGUGACUGAUAAUGUAUUGACUUAUCAAACCACCGCAAUGUCAGCAUUCACUUUGAUUAUCAUCUUCAUAAUCAUUUUAGUGAGCUAUCGGUAUGAUUUCGGUCCUGCGACUUUAGAAAUUUUUUCACUUAUUCUUGGCAUGGGAAUAUCGACCCCUCUAACUCGAUUAUUUAUGCGAGUUACGUUCUUAAGCGCGACGUUGUUCGGUUUCUUUUUCUGUCCGGUACUCCAGAGUCAAUUCACUUCUGUACUAACUAGCCCGGGUUCCCAGGAGAACAUCGAAACUUUUCAGGAGUUGUACGAUAACCAGUAUCGAGUUUUCUAUCAUCCAUAUGCUAAAAGAAAUAUGCACGAUUUGAACAUUUGGAAAAAUUCGACCUUUAGAAGUAGUCACAACUUUACAGUGAAUGUGAAGUCUUGCUUGAAUUAUUUACGGGAAAAUUCAGUGGCUUGUGUACUACCUGAGCAUUUACUUGAUAAUAUUACGAUCGGUGACCUCCACAUAUCGAAAGAACCUUUCUUUAAGCAGUAUAAUUUUCUAAGAACGGGAAAAAACUUUCCACUAAAAAACAAAAUCGAUAAAACUGCUAUGAACUUGGUUGAGGCUGGUCUUGUUGACUAUUUCGGAAAAAAAAGUCCAUUGAAACGUUACAUAAAAAAACAAAAACUCAUUGCUCCGAGUAAGGCGCUUGAACAGGAAGAAUUUUUGGAUUUACCUGAUUUUUCUUUCUUUUUUUGGCGUCUCGCUUUUAUUUUAUCCUUUUCAAUCUUAGUGUCUUUGAUCGAGUUCGCUGUGUAUAAACUCAAAAAGUAUAUUGACGAACGAUCGCGACGAUUUGAAGUUUAA